GUUAAUUAACAAGCCUAAUUAACAUCGUGGUACCUACAUCGCCAGCAGACAUCAUGGGCAAGGCUGUAUCGCACCGCCCAUCCUCCUCCGCCGCCGCCGAGAAGACUCCACCCUCCCCCUCGUUUCCGCUCAUUUGCCUUCUUCCCCGGGAAGCUUUCUUUCAACCAAGAUUUCAGCCGUGGCGUGAUCGUCCAGUCCAGAGACGCCGCCGCCGGAAAUCCGCCACCAGAGGAGCAAUCAGCAUGGCAGACAGCAGCGGCACAACCGUCUUUGACAACCUGCCGGAGUGGCUCGUCGUCGAUGAGAUCCUUGUCCGGUUGCCGCCCAAAGACAUACUCCGCUGCCGCGCCGUCCGCAAGUCGUGGCUCAGCGGUACUUCCACCAACACAUUCAUCCUUGACCAUCACCGCCGUCAGCCCUCGCUCCCCAUCAUCAAACACCAUAAGGGCAUCUGCCGCCUCACCGGAGCCUCCAAUGAACGAAAGAUACGGCCCGUCCUCCAGUAUGCACGCCAUUUUUCAAGCAACAACGUUACACUCCACGCCGCCUGUGAUGGCUUCCUCAUCAUGUCGCAGCAGCGAUCCGAUUUCCGCAUCUGCAACCCGGCCACCCGCAAGUGUGCUUCCCUGCCACAUCCUCCGUCACGACCAGGCUCCAGGUUUGUCGACGUAGUCGGCUUCUACCAGCACACCACAUCUGGAGAACACCGGGUGCUCUGGGUGUCAGUCCCAAUACCCGUCAUUAGAGCAAUUAGAGCGACUGGUCCUCAGGGGGCAGACAUGGCAAUUGAGUUGCCUGAUUACUUCGUCCUCACCGUGGGAUCGGACCAGCCAAGAUGCAUCCAGUGGCCGACUAUUUCAAAACAAGAGUUUCCUGAUAUCCGGUCCUCCAGAAAUCCACCAGUCCACCAUCGUGGUAGCCUGCACUGGGAAAUGGGUAUCAAUAUAACUGUAUUUGACACCAUAGCUGAGACGUUCCGACGGAUGAGCUGCCCGGCACGGUUGGAGAACACCCAUAUGUGGUCGCCUGACUCAUUGUCGGAUAUGGGCGGGGCCCUUGCUUUGUGCCGCUCCGCCCCUGACUGCCUCACUUUUGAUAUUUGGGUGUUGCAGGACUAUGAUGCCGAGACCUGGGGCUUUCAAUAUCAGAUUAACUUGUUAGCAAUGGAGGUAUCGCCACCGAUUGAUUUGGGCAUCAUGCUCAUCCCUAUGACCACCCUGAUCAAUGAGCAUGAGCUGUUGAUCCAGCAGUGUCCUAGCCGUUUGUUGCAUUGUGAAAUUGACGGUGUGUCUUUAAGAGAUGUGGAAAGCGGAGAGCAUGAAUACCACCUGCUGCCACUUACUACCCAUCGCCUCCAAGAGAGCAUGAUUUCACUUCCAUUGUUUGAGGCGCAGGAAGAAGAUGCUGUGAACAAGGAGGCUCCAUUCGUCAUAGUGCUAUAAAGAUACCUUGCUCCAUCUCAAUGCUUUGGACUUGUUGUCUGCUGUGCCCUUGGGGUAUCUAUCCCUUACGAGCCAUGUGUUUUUUUUCUUACCUUUUAGUACUACUAAUAGAACUGAACACUUUGUACGUCUGAAGUAGCACUUCUACUAUCAUCAAUUCGUGAUUGUUAUGCUGUCCUGAGCACCAUGUUGAUGUUCUAACUUCUAAACAAUUGAGUAUCUAUGCUAUGGAAGUGUUCUGCUGUUCCCCCCUGUUUA